UUGCAUCUUUAGCCCAAUCCUGUCGAUAAAUCCAUCUUCUCUCUCUACAUAACCUCCCUCCAUUUCACUUGAACCAGUCACGCUCCCGUCUUUUCCUCAAGAUCCGCAGACCACAUUCUCCAGGGCGUUCAUCGCGUUUUCUCUCCAGAUUUUGUCUUGCAAAAUGGCAUCACACAUUGUUGGAUAUCCUCGCAUGGGACCAAAGAGAGAGCUCAAGUUCGCUUUGGAAUCAUUCUGGGAUGGGAAGAGCGGUGCUCAUGAUCUGGAGAAGGUUGCGAAGGAUUUGAAGGCGGCAAUUUGGAAGCAGAUGGCUGAUGCGGGGAUCAAGUACAUCCCUAGCAACACAUUCUCUUACUAUGAUCAGGUGCUUGAUACCACUGCCAUGCUUGGGGCUGUUCCCCCAAGGUAUGGAUGGAAUGGUGGUGAGAUUGGGUUCGACACCUACUUCUCCAUGGCCAGAGGGAAUGCCUCACUUCCUGCUAUGGAAAUGACCAAAUGGUUUGACACCAACUACCACUACAUUGUGCCUGAAUUGGGACCUGAUGUCAAGUUCUCCUAUGCUUCUCACAAGGCAGUCACUGAAUACAAAGAGGCCAAGGCGCUUGGAGUUGAGACUGUUCCAGUCAUUGUUGGCCCUGUUUCCUACUUGUUGCUGUCGAAGCCAGCAAAGGGUGUGGAGAAAUCCUUCAACCUUCUCUCAUUGCUUGGAAAGAUCAUUCCAGUCUACAAAGAAGUUGUUACUGAACUAAAGGCAGCAGGUGCUACAUGGGUUCAAUUUGAUGAGCCCACCCUUGUUCUUGAUCAGGACUCCCACAAAUUGCAGGCCUUCGCUGAAGCCUAUACUGAGUUGGAAUCUGCUUUAUCUGGUCUAAAUGUUGUCAUCGAGACUUACUUUGCGGAUGUCCCUGCUGAGACUUACAAGACCCUUACCUCAUUGAAGGGCAUUUCUGGUUUUGGGUUUGACCUGGUCCGUGGAACGAAGACACUUGACUUGAUCAAGUCGAGCUUCCCAUCUGGGAAGUACCUCUUUGCUGGAGUUGUUGAUGGAAGGAACAUCUGGGCUAAUGAUCUUGCCACUUCUUUGACCACUCUCCAUUCCCUUGAGAGCAUUGUGGGCAAAGAUAAGCUUGUGGUCUCGACUUCCUGCUCUCUCCUUCACACCUCUGUUGAUUUGGCGAAUGAGACCAAGCUUGACAGUGAGAUCAAGUCAUGGUUUGCUUUUGCUGCACAGAAAGUUGUUGAAGUUAAUGCUUUGGCUACGGCAUUGUCAGGCCACAAGGAAGAGGCAUUCUUUGAUGCCAAUGCAGCUGCUCAGGACUCAAGGAAAUCUUCCCCCAGGGUGAACAAUGAGGCUGUCCAGAAGGCUGCUGCUGCCUUGAAGGGUUCCGAACACCGCCGUGCAACCCCAGUGAGUGCCAGGUUGGAUGCACAGCAGAAGAAACUCAACCUCCCAAUCCUCCCAACCACCACCAUUGGCUCUUUCCCUCAGACCAUGGAUUUGAGAAGAGUACGCCGUGAAUACAAGGCCAAAAAGAUCUCUCAGGAAGACUAUGUCAAGGCCAUCAAGGAAGAAAUUAGCAAGGUUGUCAAAUUGCAGGAGGACCUUGACAUCGAUGUUCUUGUGCACGGAGAGCCAGAGAGGAAUGAUAUGGUGGAGUACUUUGGGGAGCAGAUGGAGGGUAUUGCUUUCACUGUGAAUGGGUGGGUCCAAUCCUAUGGGUCGAGGUGUGUGAAGCCCCCCAUCAUCUAUGGUGAUGUGAGCCGUCCCAAGGCAAUGACCGUCUACUGGUCCUCCAUGGCUCAGAGCAUGACCGCUCGCCCAAUGAAGGGUAUGCUCACGGGCCCAGUCACCAUUCUUAACUGGUCUUUUGUCAGAGUUGACCAGCCCAGAUCAGAAACAUGCUACCAGAUUGCCCUGGCUAUUAAGGAUGAGGUCGAGGACCUGGAAAAAGGUGGAAUUCAGGUAAUUCAAAUUGACGAGGCAGCUUUGAGAGAAGGCUUGCCGUUGCGCAAGUCGGAGCAGGCCCAUUACUUGGACUGGGCUGUUCACUCUUUUAGAAUCACCAACUGUGGAGUCAAGGAUACCACUCAGAUCCACACCCACAUGUGCUACUCCAACUUCAACGACAUCAUCCACUCCAUCAUUGACAUGGAUGCCGAUGUUAUCACAAUCGAGAACUCCCGCUCUGACGAGAAGCUCCUCUCGGUGUUCCGUGAGGGGGUGAAAUAUGGUGCUGGCAUCGGCCCCGGGGUUUAUGACAUCCACUCCCCCCGUAUCCCCACCACCGAUGAGAUUGCUGACCGCGUCAACAAGAUGCUUGCCGUCCUUGAGACCAACAUCCUCUGGGUGAACCCUGAUUGUGGCCUCAAAACCCGCAAAUAUUCUGAGGUCGUACCUGCCCUCACCAACAUGGUUUCUGCUGCCAAGCUUCUCCGCACCCAGCUUGCCAGCACCAAGUAAGAGAGAGAGAAGCGGCUUGAUUUAAAAUAUUGAGAUUUGUUUCGUGGGAGAAAAAGAACGUACACUCUUGCCUAUUUUCUUUUAUUCUCUUUUUUUUUUCUUCCAUUGUUGAAAAAUUUGAAUUUUGAAUAAUUUUCUGUUGAUGAAAGUCCUUGAGUUGGCUGGUUGGUUUUGUUUUCAAUAUUAUUUUUGUGGUUCGCUAUGAUGAGGGAAAGCUAGAUAAUGGGUUCUGGCUUUGUCAGCCUCUUACUGCUAUUUUGGAAGGCUUCUGGGCCUCUUGUAGUUUCGAGGGCAAAGUGAAAAAUAUGAAAUGCUACUAUAUUGAGAUUGCCCUCUUCUAAA